ACCUGGAAUUCCGUUUCCGGUACACGAGCGAACUGGAUGGCUUAUUACGCAAAAAGCAGAAUUUCGUGUUGUUUAAAGGCCCGAUAGGCAAUAAUAUAUAAACAAUGGCUGACGACAAUUUAGAUGACUUCUUUGCAAAGAAGGACAAAAGCAAGAAGAAGACAAAGUCAUCAAAACUAACUCCAAGUGACAUUCUAGCAAAAUCGGAAGAAUCUGUCAAAAAAGAGAAAAAGUCGAAAAAAGACAAAGACAAGACACAGUCUUCAAAUUCGUCCACAAUAACAGACAUUUCAGGAUUAAUUGUAAACCCCAAAGAGGAGGAGGAAUGGAAGGAGGUGGAGGAGGAGAAGGAAAAAGAUUACUCUGGACUGCGGAUAGCCAACCUGCAGAUCGCAGACAAGGUUGAAGAGGGUGAGGAGGAGGGAGAUGAAAACCAGGAUGAGGAUAACGAGGAUGGGGAGGGGAAAGAGCGCCGAGACAAGGGAGAGCAGGGGCCCUGGAAGAGCGGGGCCACAACUGUACCUACAGCUGUACAGCCAGAGCACCCAGCUACCCCUGUAGAAGAGCCAAAGAAGGAGGAGCCUAAGCCGACAGGAAAGUACGUGCCUCCUAGUCAGCGUGCGGCGGCAGCUGCGGGGGGAACCACCACCCCCUCGGGCCCCACUGUGCCCUCUCACCUGCGGAGGAAGAAGGAGAUGCCCAACCUGAAGAGUGAGGAGGAGUUCCCCACCCUUGGAGGCAAUGCCCCACCCAUUCCAGUCGAUAGGUACGUUCUCUCAGUUGUUUGUUCCUUGGAGCCAAUGCCCCACCCAUUCCAGUCGAUAGCGAUCCAACCACUUUUGAGCGUGUACAGCACGGUGGUAGACAGAUUGACGACCCCACUAAGGUAACUCAACAGCUCUCCCUAGGAAACAAGUUCUCAGCUCUACAAGAUUGACACAACCAAAAUACUUAGUGGCACCAGUGCAGAUUGUGUUUUGAAAUACAUAAAUGUCAGUUGUAUAAUUUCAAGUAUCGCUGAUUAUGUUUGGAAUUUAUGUGAACAUUGCUUGUGAAAUGUUCAUAAAACUGAAAAACGUUGUUCGGGCCCAUUUGUAGUGUUAAGUAAUCAAUAUCUCUCAAUCGCUUAAGAAAUGUGCUUAUUUUGAAAAUGAAACAGUAGUAACAACAUUGAGUUUUAUAGCUUGUGUUAAAAGUUAAAGGGGGAAUCUUUGACUUAUUUGAUACUAAAAUAUGUACCUACUGCCUAUUGGUAUAAGUGAUUACGAUUUUGCAGAAGAGCAUGUUGCUUAAAUAAGAAGAAAUCACCAAUAUUUUGAUUUCAAAGGUCAUGGAAUUAUUUGAGACAUAUUCUGGGUAAAUAAGGCUUAAUGCAUGUGUGUAAAGUGUCAUCUGAGAUUAGCCAGUGCAGUCUGCACAGUCUUUUGAGUAACAAUUCUUUCAAUGUAAACUGGAUUUUCAUUUUUAAGAGGCUUCCUUUAAAUGAUGAAUUCCAUAAAAGUAUAAGUGUCAUCCAUAAUUAGCCUGUGCUGACUGCACAGCCUAAUCUGGGACGUUAUUUUAGGACAUGCAUUUAGCCUGCAUUUUCACAAGACUCAUUUUUUUCUUUCAAAGGUUAUGGUAUUAUUUAAUUUUGUUUCAGAUCGGGUUCUUUAGCAUGGUUUGUGUAAUCAAUUUUAUGGAAAUUGUCAUGAAAUUUUUUCUACAUUUUCUUGAAUUUUUAAAGGAUCUUCUAGUAUUAAAAUACUCACUUUUUGGUAACAUAUUGUCUCAUUUAUGAGUGCUUAAUAAGUGUCUGUAGCAUCAAGAAUAAGCAGAAUUAGUAGAAAUACAGUAAUUAAUAUCAUACUUUCUUGGAAUUUUUUAGGAGUUAAUUCAAACUUCAGGAAAGACUUGUUUGUCAUGUUUACUCUUUAUACUGAUAAUAAUGUGGGAAAUGAUAGCAAAAUUUGUAUAUUUUUUCUUAUCUGUUAAAUGUUUGAAAAAUAUUCUUUUCUGUUCAAAAUUGUAUUUAAAAAUAUCAAGUGUGUAUAUGAACAUAUUGGAUAUUGCUAAAUGUUGGGGUUUCUUGAUAAUAAUUUAAACCAAUGUCUUGCAUAUUCUGUGCUAAUUUGUUAUGUGCUUUAGGUAUGUUGCGAUUUAAUUAGUGGCAUGUUUAUGGUUUUUGUUUUGCAUAGAGUAGAAUUCAUUAGUGGAAGCCACAAAUCACUAUUUGUUGUACAUGUAUUUCAAAGCUCUUGGAUUUUUUUUGUGGAAAAGGCAAAAAGUGUGCAUGAAUACUGUAGGACAAACUGCACACAAAAUGACGACUUUUUAUGUGGAAAAAGAUGUAAUGUAAUAUUAUUUAGUUUAUUAUGAGCAAUCGCAGCCAAUUGUUGGUAUCCUGAAUAUACAUGUACUUUAGUAAAUAUUCUGACUCAAGUAAGAGUUUUUCUUUAUUUCUAAAGUUUGAGAAGGAAAUGUGCAUAUUCUAAUAGCUGAGAUUUAAAAAUGUUUGUGCUACAACAUUAACAAUACUCAGAUGAGUGGAAACUCAGAUCUUAUCUUUUGAGUUGAGCUAAAGAGUUCAGAAUGUUAAUGAUUCUCGGCACAGGUGGAUACACAAACUUUCUCUGGCCCAGAGGCGACAUUGUUACAGUAUAAAGAAUAUCCCAUGUAUUCUGUGUUCUUCUGUAUAAACUGUGGACUAAGGCACUUGAUGGCAUUACCAUUUUGUAUCUGCUUCCAUAUGUGCCAUGGGGGGGGGGGGCUAAGCAUGAUUGACAUCAGCAGAUUCUUCCAUCAUAUGGGUGUUGUGUCUUGUAAAUUGUUUUCAGUCUUUUAUGCUUAAUCUGAUAGGUUUGUUAGGGCUAUUUGCACCACAGCUUGCGAAAAUGGGUCUUAUGCCAUAUGCAGCCAGUGUAGCCUCAGAAGGGACUGUGCGGCCAAUAUCUUACAUGACUUUAUAGUGGAUAGGAAGAUACAGACCAGACUGUGCGGAUGUGAUGACUGGUCUGGAGCUAUGCUGGCUGCGUAUGGCACAAGAUGUAUGUUUGCUCAGUGUGACUCUUGUGUGAUAUGGUCCUCAUAUAAAUCAUGUUAAUUAUAUUCUAACUGCACAAUAGAUCUGUGUUUUCUCGUAUUACCUAAUAUAAACGGAAUUCCCCAAUUACUAAGAUUGUUUAUAGUGUAAUAGCCAAUUCACUCCAUUAAAAUGCUAGAAGAAUAUGGCAGAAAAUAUUGACAUAAUUGUUAACAAAUAGGACUACAUCUGAUGUAAGUUGGCUAGUUAAGUUUUUUUUUAAAUAAUGCAGUAUAACUGAAACAAGAACACUGGUCAUUAUUUAAAGUUACCUACCGAUAUUUGUAACCAAACUGUACUAUAUUUACAAGAAAAGAAGGAACAUAUAUUUUGAAAUUGUUCUAAUGAUAAAUGAAGAAAAAUAAAGUUAAGAUAAGAAA